AGUAUUCCAGUGUCGAUGUUUUUUAGCUUGUGCAAAACCCUUCAUCCCACACUUCCCUUUCGCAGCAUUUCCCCGUCUUUCCGUCGGUCUUCUUGUAACAUGAACUCAGACUCUCGAAUGUUCCAGCUCAAACUAGACCCAUUAACUGGCAGCUCCGAAUGGAUUGUCAUUGACGAAAGCGAAAGUCCAGAGCAAACUCCAACCCCACUUCUUGCUACAACGUCGUAUCUCGAUAUGCUUAACGACUCUCCCAGAAACAGAGCUUUCCGAGAAGCGAUCGAAAAGACUGUAACUAAGCCUUGCCACGUUCUUGAUAUUGGCUCUGGAACUGGAUUGUUGUCUAUGAUGGCUGCCCGAGCAAUGGGUCAUGCUGAUUCAGGGGCUAACUCUGGUUCUACAGGGAUGGUUACUGCUUGUGAAUCGUAUCUUCCUAUGGUAAAGUUGAUGAGAAAAGUUUUAAAGGUCAAUGGAAUGGAAAGGAGGAUUCGCAUAAUUAAUAAGAGGUCAGAUGAAUUAGAAGUUGGCAGAGAUGUAGCAUCUCGUGCAGAUGUUCUUGUUAGUGAAAUAUUGGACUCAGAGCUAUUAGGUGAAGGGCUGAUUCCAACUUUGCAGCAUGCCCAUGACAAUCUGUUGGUGAAAUGUCCAGAAACAGUGCCUUACAGAGCAACAAUUUACGGUCAGUUGGUUGAAAGCAAAGGCUUGUGGAAGAUGCAUGACUUAUUUAGUAAUGAAGAUAAGACAUCAGAUACAAUUCAUCUUGUUCCAAAAGGCAUGGAGACCAUUUUAUCUGUAAACCCCCAGCAACACCCUAUGCAUUGUGAUGCAAUCAGUGAGGAAAUUAAACAGCUUUCAGAACCCUUCAAAAUAUUUGAUUUUGACUUUUGGAAAAGGCCAGACAGCUCUAGAGAAACCGACUUGGUUAUAAAGGCAACUAAAGGUGGAACAGUUCAUGCUGUCAUCUCGUGGUGGUUGCUUCAACUUGAUAGAGCAGGGACAGUCUUUUAUUCCACUGGGCCAAAGUGGUUACAUUGCCUCCCUAAUGUGAAGGAGUUAAACCGAUCCCUAUCUUUUAAGAGUUCUGAAGCAUGGUGUGAUCAUUGGAAACAAUGUGUUUGGUUCGUUCCAAACAGAGGUUUACCUGUACAUAAGGAUGAACAUGUCCAUUUAAACGCCAUUCAUAACAAUAUUAGCAUCAUGUACAAAGUGAAGUCCGUAUCUCAAAAUAUGGAAAUUGAACAUUGCAAACUCAAUGCCCAAGGUUGCCAACUUUUUUUAUCACCAGAAAGAAUUGCAAUAUAUGGUGACAACGAUUGGAGAUGUUCAAUGCUUAAAGUCAUUAACAAAGCUCUAAAUCAUAAGGUGUCUCCAUUGUGUGUUGUUGCUGAUGACAGCAUUUUCAUGACAAUUGCUAUUGCUCAACUCAGCAAAGCAUAUGUCAUAUCCAUGUUACCUGGUCUGCUGGACAAAGGUGAACAGUAUCUGCAAGCUGUUGCUGAUUCAAAUGACUAUUCAAUGGAUUGCAUUAAAGUUCUAAAAAGGAGAAACUAUGCCUUGACCAUGCAGGAUACACACCACAGAAAGGUUGACUUCUUGGUUGCAGAACCUUUCUAUUAUGGAAUGGAUGGUGUACUUCCCUGGCAAAAUCUUCGAUUUUGGAAAGAAAGAACUGUAAUGGAUCCUAUCUUGUCAAAAGAUGUGGUGAUAAUGCCUUUUAAGGGACUCUUAAAGGCUUGUGCAAUGUCCCUUCCAGAUCUCUGGAGAAGCCGUCAAUGCCUGAAAGCUAUUGAAGGUUUUGAUCAUUCAGUUGUCAAUUCCACGUUAGGUGCAUGUGGAGAUUUGCCUGCAGGAGAACGAACCCCUUUUCUGCCUUUCUUUAUUUGGCAAUGUGGUGAGAGUAAGAAACUGAGUGAAACAUUCAAUAUAAUGGAGUUCAAUUUCCAAGAAACAAUUUGCCAAUGCUCAGGAGAAGCUGAGUUUGAAUUUACCGAGCCAGGAAUGUGCCAUGGACUGGUGUUCUGGAUUGAUUGGGUAAUGGAUGCAGGAGAGUCCAUCGUCGUAUCAACUGGUCCAGAACAAAGAUAUUGGAAGCAAGGUGUGAAGCUUUUAGAGAAGCCUGUGACUGUCCAGAACUGUGGGGGAUCCAUCCCAAAAGUUGAAGCCUCGUUUGAUCCCACAAACGCUGAUCUCAGUGUGGAACUUACUUUUAUAUGAUACGUAGUAUGAUUUUAUGAACUCUUUACUUUGUUCCCUUCAAUUGGACUCAUCUAUGCAAUCUAGGGAUGACUCUGGGCUGAUUCAGGUUCCAAAAUGGUCUGUUCCAAGUCCAAAUCAACACCUGCCUGUAACUGUUACCAGACAUAUGUGGUUCCAGUUCUGGUUGGUUUCAAACAGGUUGUAUUCAGAGUUUUUUCCCCAAAAAAAUGUGGAGAAAACCAGAACUGGUCUGGUUACUCUGGUCAUCGGGUGGAACCACAACCUCUUUGGAGAACCAAGAAACAGUUGCCAGGUCCGGAAUUCUACUGUCGCACCCUCCUAGUGCAAUCAUGGCUUGGCAUGUUAUUUUUGUAUGAACUGCUCUAGCAGUCUAGCUUAGAGGCAUGUAGAUGUAUAUUUGAAGACGAUUUGUUUUUACAUUAUCUUUGUUGCCAACUUACUGACUCGCUGUAUUUGGAUUUGGUAAACGUUAUGGUUGUAGUUCGAGGAAUUAUAGCAACUCAUGUUUCUAGAUUUACUUCCACUCUUAAAAAA